AUGAGCGCUCUCUCGGAGAAGCGCGGAGAGCUAGAAAGUCGCUUCACUUCGCUUGUUGAGGAUGCUUACAAGGUAUAUCUCGCUUCUGCCCAAGAUGCCCAGAAGGACUUCAACAAUCCUCCCAUCGCCUCAGCAAAUGCUCUGCUUCGCUUGGUGAGGGACCAGAAUGAGCAAUUUGUCAAUUUCCGUAGUCGCGAGGGGAAGAUUCUCGAGGUCGUCGAUGCCCUGCUCAAGCCUAUCGAGGUUAUCGGCGGCAUCGUAGCUGGCGCUGCAGAAGAGGCUUUCCCGCCGGGUCAGCACAUAUUCUCAGCUGUCAUGUACCUUAUUGGUGCCGCAAAGGAUGUGUCCGAAAUGUACGAUGCUAUCCUAGACCUGUUCACACGCCUGCAGGAUUUUACCAUCCGUCUCGAAUUCUACAUCAAGGAGGAAAUGUCACCCCAGCUACGUGAGAAGGUUGUCCAGAUCCUUGCCGCGCUUUUCGAAACCCUUCUCAUUGCGACGGAGGAGGUGAACCGUGGCCGAUUCAAGGCCUACGUCCGCAAAGUUUUUGGCCGCGACAGUAAGGUCCCUGAGGCUCUCCAAAAGCUGGAGAGCUUGACCAAGGGCGAGGAAGGACUUGUCAUGGCGGAGACCCUAGCCUCAAUCAAGCGUACACUCUCGCUACAGCACCGCCUGGACGAGAAAAUGGAUCAAAUGGAUAAUUUCCUACGCGCAGAGACGAGGGAAAAGACGGCCCUCACGAACCGCCAGAAGAUCAAGGAGAUUCUCGAGCCGUCCGUGUAUCCGGAAGAUCGGUACAACUCGCUCAAGAAUUCCCGCACCCCUGGAACCGGUGACUGGCUUGUGGAGGAUGCAUCCUUCAAGUCGUGGGUGGAUGGCGAAUUCCCUUUCUUGUGGAUAUGUGGCAAUCCAGGUACCGGAAAAUCCUAUCUUGCUUCAAGAUUGAUUUCGUGGAUGGAGGAUUUGCUGUCCCAGCCUGGUGACUCAUCUAUGCACUCUCUCGCAUACUUCUUCUUUCGGGAGAACAAUCCGGAGACGAGAUCUGUGAACCAAUGUUUACGUGACCUCGCUUACCAGCUGAGCGAGGACGAUGCGUUUUAUGCGAAAGAAAUUUUGCGAAGAUUGCAGUCUCGGGAUGACAUCAAGACGAUUCCUAGCGCCGUUCGUUCUCUCGUCAACACCCCUUGUACCACCGACACCCGCGUUCGAAACAUCUACAUUUUUCUAGAUGGCGUUGACGAAGCUGAAAAGACCGAUACCGAAGAGCUUUUAUCUCUCCUAGCCGAACUCCCCUCGAAGUACCAGACGACGAGAGUGCAGAUAGCCUUAAUAGGCAGGAGUGUUCUUACCGAGACUGUAUCCAUCUGCCUCGACGAGGACGCGAGCGGACAACAAUUGCGUACUAUUCAUCUAACCCCGGAGCUGUUAGCGCAAGAUGUCCGGAUGUACAUCAUCGACGAGGUGCGUCGAUCUCGAGUCUUGAGACGUGCAGUGCCCGGCUUCAGAGAAAAGGUCGUCGAGAAGAUGACGAAGCAGGUGGAUGGCCUGUUCAUUCUCGCGCGGAUUAUGGUUAGCGACUUGAACCGCAAGACCCACCCCCAGAUGAUUCUCGAGAGCCUCGGGCAGUUCCCCAGAGAGAUCAAUGGUACUUUGCGUAAGAUGAUGGAGCAGCUCUCGGCGACACUUUCCGAGGCACAUGCCGCCGACUUGAACGAGACAUUGAUCUGGGUCACCUGUGCGGAGCAGACCCUAACAUUGGAGCAGGUGGAGACCAUCCUUGAACUCAAAUUCGGUGACCCAGCUUUCAAUCUCGAGGAGACCCUCCGUACGCAGUUCUCUUCCUUCUUCACCCUCGAUCGGGAAGACGGCCAGACGACGGCCGACCUAUACCAGCGUCACAACGAUCAAAACCUGGACUCUGGGCCCUCUUCCCGCAAUGCAUCACGGCCCCCGGCUGGUUCGAAUUCCCCAGGACGCUCUCGAUCGCCUGCCGCAUUGUCAAAUAGUCCGGACUUAUUCUAUCCCUCCAUCAUUGACUUCAACUCUAACAAGAAAACGACGACUGUCACGUUCUUCCAUGCUUCCAUCACAGAAUUCCUGCGAGAAGACAUUUCCACCAACGUCAGGGCCAAGACGGGAGGACCUGCUAUCGGAUUCGAUUUGGCAGAAGCAAGGCUCCACGUGCUGAAGACCUGUCUUCGCAUUCUCCUCGAGCCCAAAUCAUUCAAGGUCAACCCUGAGAAUGGGCCUAUGUGGCAGUACGCCACCUGGUACUGGCAGGAACACCUUGUGAAUGUGGAUAAAUCUCGCGUUUCCUUGAAAGACAAACAGUUUGUAGGAAGAUGCCUCUACAUGCUGCUUACCCGCCGCAAAAAUAUUCUUGACUGGACCCAGGAGGAAGAGAGUCUGAAGCUAUUUACAGACAUCAACAUGGACUGUUUGCAACGAUGGAUGAGCGACACUGAAGUUCUGAGUGGCCUGGACAAGGAAUCCCAAGACUGGGCCAUCAAGGCCGCAGCUGUGCCUGGCGGUCUGGUGGAGCGAAUCGGUCGGCUCUAUGCCCAUGCUUGGCUUGACCCUGACUUUAACUUCUACAUCCCAACGAUGACUUGUUUUCAAAUCGUUCACAGUGUUGCCUAUAUCCAAGAGGGCCAUACCUGGAACGACUCAGACUUUAAAUGGUCUGGCAUCCCGCCUCGGUCGAGGAUGAAUAGGGCUCUGCAGUGGUCCGGCCUACCUAAGUCUGGCCACUCCCUCCGACGUGUGGGAAGCACGUACAUCAACCUCGGCCUCCACGAUGAGGCGCUCAAGCUCUUCAACGAGGCCCUGCCAUUGGACGGUGACAUGGUGCAGACUUGCGGCCGCAUCGCUUACUGCUACAUGCAAAAUCGACAGUACGAAAGGGCGUUGGUCAAGCAUCUGAUGUGUGAGUCGCUGGAGGAACGCUUGAUUGAAACAAACAAAUUCACAACCCCAAGAGAGAGAGACUUUAGCAAGUGGAGGCUUUAUACAAAUCGUUUUAGUAUUGCCAAAUGCCUCCACAAACUCGGCCGUGUGGAAGAAGCGAUACAGUACUUCCAGAAGGCGAUCAUCAGCGCAUACGAACCGGAUAAAUUUGAGCCUGAAGAAGCUUACCUUGAAGUCCUUGCGGGCCACAACUGCCAUGAGCUGAUAAUGAAGCUGCUGGACUGGAUGGACGGACAGCCCGGAAAGGAUCGUGGAGAAAGUCGUCUAACGGACUUCCUCGUAGCUCAGGCUUCGGGAACCAGCGACUCUGAGUGGAUCAUUCCGAAGACAGCCUGUAUCCGUGGCAGGACCGAGACUAUGAUCUCAAGGUAUGAGAUUGCCAUAGAUGUUACUAAACGCAAGCAGGAUAUCGCGGCACAGCUAAACUUGUACUUAUCAUUGGCAAGUCUCAAGUUCUUUUCCCGCGAUUAUACCGGUGCCAUGGCUGUCUUAAACGAGAUUGCCAAAAUCGGCGGGCAUCCCCGGGGCAGCGUUCUCGUGAGGACUUUGUACACGCUGUCUCUGCGGAGCCGUGCACAAGUUUACAAGCAGAUGAUCGUCGCAGCGGGUGCGAAAUCUCCGGCAGCGCAGCCUCUGCUGAAGGAACUUGAGGAACUGCAGGAUUAUCAGCUUAAGAGAGGUCAAUAUAGAGAGCUUCCCCAGCGACUCAACGGAAUCAACGUGAACGACGCCUCGCUAUACCUAGGUCUUCUUUACACGCAGAUGGGAAAGAUUGCGGACGCUCAGAAGCUUCUCUCUGCGAUCAUCAUUGAGAGUAUUGGGAUCUUAAACGACGACGAGCCCCAAAACGACUCGCACGCUCUCGAAAAUCUUUCCAGGGCGCUCGUCGCUAUCGGGGAUGUUGCAGCAGCUACCGCGCUCUUCCAGUCUAUGCGAAGGUACGCCGAUGACUCGCUUGGGUCAGCCAGCAUGCAGGACCUAGGUAGUGCCAGCGAGGCUCGGAAUUGCGAUCCGUUCCUGCCUUACUGCCGGCCGCACCCCCUCGUGUGCUUACAGUGUCUCAACACGCUGACGACGAACGAGAGGUUCUACAUUUGUGUUAGGAGCCUGGAUUCGUUUUGCGAGAUGUGUCUGGAUACCCUGAUCAAGGUGGAGAAGAAUACGACGGUGGGAGGGAACCCCGACCUUGUAUGCCGAGUCGAUCAUGAGUGGUUCCCCGUCGAGCCGUUGCGAACGACGCUAAGGCGUGGAGAGAUACUGGUUGGGUCUGAGGUAAAGCGGAUUAAGGAUUGGGAGGAGGCGAUUAAGAAGAAGUGGGCCGUGAAUGUUGUUUAA